AUGGCUCUCGCGACAGACGAGACAGGAGAAGCCGAGACUCGCGUUCGCGCUCUCGGUCACCAGCUCAUAAGCGCGCAAAGACAUCGUCCUCGCGCCAUGAAAGACACUCGACCGAGCCAAGUGGCCACCACUCAUCAUCCAGGCAUCGGCAUCGAGAGCAUGCGAGCCGCGCGCCGGCCGCUGUUUGCCGACUACCUUGAUCUUCAGAAGCAGAAGGAUAUUGAAGAGAUGGAUGAGCGCGAGAUCAGGGGGAGGUGGAAGAGCUUCAUCGGGAAGUGGAAUCGUGGGGAGCUGGCUGAAGGUUGGUAUGAUCCUGAGAUGUUUGCUCGGAUUACUGCCCAGAACCAGGGCACUUCCCGCGCUAGUCACUCGACUGCGAGAAGAGACGAAAGAGAGGAGAGGGUGGAUGAUAAUGCCAAGGGAAGGGACGAUAACAGCGAAGACGACGACGACUAUGGUCCUACCCUCCCAACAUCGGAUCCCACGCGCCGAUCUGGACCGGGAAUACCCACGCUGCAGGACCUCUCCCUCCGCGCUGAACUCGCAGAGGAAGACAAGCAAGCCUCCAUCGCAGAUCUCCGCGCCGAACGCAAAGCCGACCGAGCCGUCCAGCGCGAACGCCUCGACGAGCUCGUCCCACGCGCCGAGCCAGGCACACGUGAGCGAAUGCUCGAGAAGCGCGCAGCGGUAUCUGAAAAGAUGCGGUCGUUCCGCGACAAGAGCCCCGGGGCCAUGGAGGCGAGCAGCGAGCGCGAGCUCAUGGGGGGAGGGGACUCGCUCGAGGAGUACAAGCAGGCCAAGCAGCGGGAGCAGCGGCGCAAGACGGAGAGGGAGAUUCGCAGGGAGGAGAUUGAGCGCGCAAAGAGGGAGGAGAUUGAGGAGAAGAGGAGGGCGUGGAGGGAGAGGGAGGAGGGGACGAUUGGGAUGCUCAAGGAGUUGGCGCGGCAGCGUUUUGGAUAG